AUGCCUCCUAGGUGCUCGCCGGGAUCCGGCAUAUUCCUACCGUUCUUAUACCCGACUCUCUUCCGAUCCGCUUCCUCGCGUAUAAUCGGCCGAGCGAGCAUUACGACCACAACCCUGCACUCAUCUAGCUCCCCCACCCCCUCCUCUUCGAGUAGCACCGAGCUCUCGUCCUCGAGCGACGCCCUUCCGUCCUCGCGCCUCAACCCAGCGCCGGACGACUACGCGAUAUCGGCCUUUGCGGACAAGGCGCGCAUCACGGUGCACGCGGGCAGCGGCGGUCACGGCUGCAUUUCGUUCUUGCGGGAGGCGUACCUUGAUAACGGUCCCGCGAACGGGGGCGACGGCGGGUAUGGCGGAAACGUAUAUAUUCAGGCCGUGCACAGCGAGACCUCCCUGUACAAGCUGGCGCGACGCCGUGUUUUGCGCGCGGGGAGGGGCAAAACAGGGCAGGGAAGCAAUCGAGGCGGCGCCCGCGGUGACGAUUUCGUCAUCCAAGUGCCGGUGGGGACAGUGGUCCGAGAGCUCAACCGUAUAGACCCGGUUGUCGAGGAAAACGCAAGGUAUCGCGAGGCAAGAGAAAAAGAGCGCGAGUAUAUGCGACUGGUCAGGGAAGCUGAUGCAGCGGUUGCCGAAGCGGAAGAUGUAGAAGGUGCUAUUCGUGCCGAACUGCCUGAAGCUCCCGAACACCCUCACCUGAACAAAUUCCUGCUAUACCCCGGGAUAUCGCAUACCGAGCGACGGAGCUUAAGACUUCCCCGCCUCCCGCGCCGCGAGCGCUUGUAUGUGCAACCCGAUGGGCCCAUCUAUCUGGACCUAUCGACGCCGACGCCGCAGCCCAUACUGCUAGCCGCAGGCGGAAUAGGGGGUCUAGGAAACCCGCACUUCGUAUCGAAGGACCGCCCACGGCCCCUCUUCGCGACGAAAGGCGAACGCGCCGUAAGUUUACAGCUAGAGCUAGAACUCAAGCUGCUCGCAGACGUCGGCCUAGUCGGUCUCCCCAACGCCGGCAAGAGCACGCUCCUGCGCGCCAUAUCAAACAGCCGUGCCCGCGUCGGUAACUGGGCAUUCACGACGCUCCAGCCCAACAUCGGCACGGUCGUGCUCGACAACCACAAAGGACGCCCCGUCGUCGCUCCCCCUCAGCCCUCACCCCCUCAACCCCACUCCGUAAUCCACGACGCGAAGUACGGGUCGGUAGUAAUCUCGCAACGCGACCAGCUCGGCGCGCCAGCAGGCUUCACACCAGAGCCGCGGACACGGUUCACCGUCGCCGACAUCCCGGGUCUAAUUGAAGGCGCACACCUAGACCGCGGUCUCGGCGUCGAGUUCCUGCGGCACGUGGAGCGCGCAGGCGUCCUAGCUUUCGUCGUGGAUCUAAGUGCCGGCGACGCUGUAGAAGCGCUCAAGUCGCUAUGGACGGAAGUAGGCUUGUACGCGCGGAUGCGCGAGGACGAAGAGCAGGAGCGGGAGGUCGCGGGGCGGAUCGACUGGGAGGGGGAUGGUAGCAGUUCCCCGAAUACCCGCCCUGGGAGCGGUAGGAUGGGUUUCGGUGGGCAGAUGAUUGUAGCGAAUUUCCCGGAGCCGAUGGCCGGUGGAGAAGGGGGUCUGCAUAUCGCGGCGAAGCCGUGGUUUGUAAUCGCUACGAAGGGCGAUUUGCAGGGGACCGAGCAUAAUUACGCUAGGUUGAAAGAAUACCUAGAUGCUGUUACCGAUGGACAGGAGCCACAUCCUAGCGGAGUCGAGGGCGCGUGGGUAGAAGACUGUGCUGCGAUACCCGUAAGUGCUAUUCAUGGACACGGUGUGGAUAGAAUUAUACACUGGACAGUAGGACUACUAGACGAGUGA